AGAGCAGCCAGCAAUGAACGUAUAGCACAAUGGAAGAAAAUCUAACGCUGCAGGCAGACGAGAUUGAGGCGCUGAUGUCCAUAUAUGGUGAUGAGUUUCUGGUUGACGAUGAAGCUGAGAGGAAAUACAGUAUUGCUAUCAAUCAUGACUCGACAAGCAUCAAUUUGCAGGUGCAACUUCCUCUGGGUUACCCAAGUGAAGCCCCUCCAACAUAUCAGCUCAGCUGCCCCUGGUUAAGAGGACAAGAAAGAGUAGAACUCCAAAAUAUUCUGGAAAGUAUUUACACUGAGAAUUUAGGUGAGAGUAUUAUUUAUAUGUGGAUAGAGGGUGUGAGGGAAUUUCUAGAAAACAGGAAUGACAAACAGAGAGUAACUGUUGCCAAGGAGACAGAUACAACAGAAACUGAGGAGCAAUUACUCAGAGAUGUUCGUGAUUUUAGUAUAACAAAUACAGUGCCUCACCAGGGUGCCACCUAUAGUCAACCAUCUGAACUUGCUCAACAAAAUAAAGUGCAAUUACCAGAGAUCUUUCAUGGUGAUGUGAUAACAGACAGGAAGAGUGUCUUCCAGCCACACCUUGCUAUUGUAACAAACACAGCUCAAGUAGAUGCAGUUCUUCAUAAGUUGUAUGAAAACAAGAAGAUUGCAAAUGCCACUCACAAUAUGUAUGCAUAUAGGAUUCCCAAUGGGGAUGGUGGUAUGCAACAAGACUGUGAUGAUGAUGGAGAAACACAUGCUGGAUCAAGAAUGUUGCAUCUUUUACAGAUAUUGGAGGUAGACAAUGUGUUGGUGAUUGUAUCACGGUGGUAUGGUGGCAUACAAUUGGGGCCUGAUAGAUUCAAACAUAUUAACAAUUGUACAAGGAAUAUAUUAGAGCAACAUGGAUAUGUACAACAGAAGGAUGACAAGAAAGGACCUGUGAGCAGCAAGAAAAACAAAGACAAGAAAAGUUGAUAGGACUUUCAUAAAAACAUAAAUUUGCAGUACUUUGUGUUAUCCUGAAUAUAAUUUAUUCUUCAAUAAAACUAGUCUACAGCGUUACUGUAUAUUCAGUGUUAAAUUCUGCCUUUCUAUUCUGAAUAAAAGCUGGCCAGUCUAUAUUCAGUGCCAACUGAUAAGCUGAUAAAUUAUUUUUUAAAAAGUCUAUGAUACUUAAAAACACUUGCUGUAUUUCAAAAUCAAGUUCCCUCCAUUAAUAUAUUGUAUAUUGUAGCAUAUACAAACAUAUGGCAGAGUCCCACACAAUAAUUAUCUUAAUUUGUAUAUUUGCUGGACUAACUGGUGCACUGUAUUCGCCAUCAUUUAUUGCUAGUACCUGGUAAACAUGAUAUGUCUGUUUCUUUUGCUGACAAUUCUGGGUAAGAAAUAUGUAACUUUAUGUAUUUUAAUGAGUUUAUAUUAAAAGUCUUAGCCUUAAGUAUUGCACCCCUCCACCCCCAAAAAUUGUAGCAAAAUGUGUAACAUACUGGGGUAGGAGGGCUGCU